AUGUCUUCAAACAUUUCUUUUACGGAAUUUUCAACGGUUCAUAAUCGAAAUGCAAAUAUAACAACACCAGCCAGAUCUCAAGAUUUAUCAUACAAAGAAAGUGUCGAGACUCAAAAUGGGCUAUUCUCGGAACUUUAUCAUAGUUUUAUGAUAUACCAUGUGCAUGAACCAACUGAGAUUAAGACUCAGUUUAAAAAAUGUAUGGCACUUGAGAAGAAAUAUGGACACAAGAAGAAUUAUGCAAGCAUUUUAUAG